GUCGUAUUGGUCGGACGAAAACACCAUCGUACGCAGAGGAGUUUCGAUACGUAUCAUGUCAGUUAUAAGAAGAAAGAUAAGCCGAUUUCCACUACAGCGUCCGCACGCACAAACACACACGAAAAGACAAAAGCUGAACUGUCACUCUGUGAAGGGAAGUGAUUGAAGGUGACACGGCCGAGCGCGGGCGAUAUUGUUCACCGCAAACCAAUGAGCCAUCCUGAAGUGCAAACUAGUCUCAGCUCUGAACUUCUGAAGCUUGCUGAACUGGAGCAAGCUGUGAGAGCAAGACGAGCCGGCGGCGCGCCAAUGGCGGCGGAGACGUGCGGUCACCAUCACCACUGGUCGGGCUGGAGGAUUGGGGGAGGUUCCCAGUUCGUUCCUCUGAAAAUUAUGCACACCAAUGGCGGCGGCGCAGCGCGUUCGCUCAGCCUCGACCUCUCCCCGGCCAAAUGGGCGCCGCUGGUAUUUCUCUUCCUCCUGCUCAUUGACGGCGCCCUGUUUGCCGCGUCUGCCACCACGGACACCAUCCUCCCCGGCGAGGGCAUCUCCGGGAACGAGACCCUGGUCUCCAGGAGCGGCGGCUUCGAGCUGGGCUUCUUCUCCCCAGGCCCCGGCAUCCACUACUUCCUGGGUGUCCGGUUCCGGAACAUGGGCCACAGCCCUACCUUCUGGCUCGGGGACAGGGUCGUCAUCACCGACCUGUCCGCCGCAUCGCUGGAGAUCUUCGCCGACAGUCUCUACAUCAAGCAGAAUGGAGCCAGCCUCCGGUGCAUGCCGUCGCCGGGCGGCAAUGUGUCGUCCGCCGCCGUAGCUGUCCUCCUCGACAACGGCAACCUGGUGGUGAGGGACCAGGGGAACUCCUCCCUGGUCCUGUGGCAGAGCUUCGACUACCCCAGCGACGCGCUGCUCCCCGGAGCGAGGCUCGGGCUUGACAAGGACACCGGGAAGAACGUCUCGCUGACGUUCAAGAGCUUCUCGCACAACGGCAGCCUCAGCGUGGACGCGAACCGCAGGAACGGGUUCGUGCUCACCACGGACGGCCAUGCCAACCGCGGCACCUUCCCGGCCUGGAUGGUGUCCUCUCAAGACAAUGGCAGCUCGCUGCUGCUGAGCCACACGGAGGGCCCGAACAGUACCGAGUUCUUGCAGUUCCAUCUGGGGCAAGUCAGCCUGAUGCGGUACUCGGAGCCGGAUCACGCCGCAAACGGCACCGGUGGCUGGGUCGCUCGCUGGUCCUUCCCUUCCGAUUGCAAAUCCGGCGGGUUCUUCUGCGGCGACUUCGGCGCCUGCACAGGCAGCGGGAAGUGCGGCUGCGUGGACGGGUUCACGCCGUCGUACCCGAUUGAGUGGGGGCUUGGGUACUUCGCCAACGGCUGCUCGAGGUCUAUCCCGCUGAGCUGCGAGUCCGGCGGCCAGACGGAGCACGACGACUCCUUCGCCCCGUUGGACAAGCUGCAAGGGCUUCCUUACAACGCCCAGGACGAGGUGGCCGGAACCGACGAAGACUGCAGAGCGGCUUGCCGGAGAAAAUGCUACUGCAUCGCCUACUCGUAUGGCCAUGGAUGCAAGCUAUGGUAGCACAACCUGUACAAUCUG